CAAAAUCGAACAUUUUUACCGGCCCGCCAGAGCAGAGAAGACUCCUGUCUGAAAAUGGACGCGGGUCCGACGACACGGUUCUUUACCAAGCUGAAAAAGGUGGCGAUGACUCUCGAAUCAGAAACUGCCAAACUCCAAAACACCUUUGAAAACAGAAACAACGACAGUGACAGCGAAACCGCAGCGAGAGCGAUGCGGGCAUAUCACGAGCUGAACUGUGAAGUCGGAGACCUGAAGGGGCAGAUCCAGGAGCAGCUGGCUCAGCAGAAAGCCAGGGAGAAUGAGGUGAGCCGCUUUAUUAAGGCCUGUAGAGUGAUGGAGCAGAGGGUCACUAAGGACAUCCAGACAGUGAGGGGACACUGGGAAAAAUACGGUUACCAAGCACCCAGAGACACCCAGAGACCAAUCAAGGCCAAAGGUCAGGAGUCAGAUGCUGAAGAUGAGGAAGCACAUGAGAAUGAAACUAAGUCCGCAGGAGGAGAAGGGGGAGGCCAGGAGGAGGCUGGAGGUAAUCACUCCUCAUCACCUCCGAGAGCGGGGCCGCCGCCCUUCACUGACGUGCUGCGGACUCCACGGCUCUCUGACUUCGGCCUGUCUGAGAUGCAGCUGAAAAGAGCUUUGGCUGGGGCGGAGUGGUGCUCUGAAGAGCUGAAAGUUAAAGAGGCCAAAGGUCAGGAGUCACAUGCUGAAGAUGAGGUAGCCAACGAGAAUGAAAUUAAGUCAGCAGGAGGAGAAGUGGGAGGCCAGCAGGAAGUUGGAGGUAAUCAUUCCUCAUCCCCUCCGAGAAAGGCACCGCCGCCCUUCACUGACGUGCUGCGAACCCCGCGGCUCUCUGACUUCGGCCUGUCUGAGAUGGAGUUGACGAGAGCUCUGGCUGUGCCAGAUUUGAGCUCAGAUGUGCUGAAAGUUGAAGAGGCCAAAGGUCAGGAGUCAGAUGCUGAAGAUGAGAUAGCCAAUGUUAAUGAAACUAAGUUAGCAGGAGGAGAAGUGGGAGGCCAGGAGGAAGCUGGAGGUAAUCACUCCUCAUCGCCUCUGAGAGCGGGACCGCCGCCCUCCACUGACGUGCUGCGGACCCCGCGGCUCUCUGACUUCGGCCUGUCUGAGACUGAGCUGACGAGAACUCUGGCUGGGGCGGAGUGGUGCUCUGAAGUGCCCCCGAUGCCCGAGAUGAGCCUCCCUCACCCCUCACUCAACACGUCCGCACCGCCACCCAUGCCCAUAACCCCCAAAUGUGCCCUGCGGAUGGAUGACGAUGAGCUGCAGACACCCCACCUGCAUGACUUUGGUAUCUCAGAGCACACUAUGUGUCUGAACAAUGAUUUCACGAUGGAUCUGCUCCGGAAGAACGUUGUGAAACCCCCCAGGCCACCACAUAACAUACCUGUACCACCAGUGAACUCACUAAUGAAGAGUUUGCAGGCUAAAGUAGACAACCUGGACUCCCCAGAGCCACCUGUGUUUUGCACCCCGGGGUUCAAAAUGAAAAAGACAAAUGGUCACUGCUUCCCGCCUGUGCAAGGCAAUGGAGACCCAGAAUCCCCUGACUGUCGUAGAUACCUGCUUACCACCCCUGAGCUCCCAGUGUAUGAGACCACAUACAUGGACCAACUGAUCAGCACCACAAAGGGAAGUGAGAAAAUGCUGCAGAAGACUCGUGAACACGAAAAAGUGACCAGAGAGGCCACUGUCUACGGUCUGGAGCUGGACGGACCAACCCAAGAGUUCAGUCUGGGGACACCUCGUCUCCGGACGGGCUUCCAAGAGCCCAGCACCCCAGAGAUGCCAGACAUCAGCUUUAUUACACAGGACAUCUGUAAACUUGUGUCCCAGGCUCAGUUGAAGAAGACUGCCAUGGCAGUUGUGCACCCACAUGUCAGGCCUGGAAAAGAUAAAAACCGUGCUGAGAGUGUGUCUGUGGUGUCAGAGAGCGAGUUCAAGAGUUUACCUAGUUACCUGAGGCAGAUGACGCUGUACAACCUCAACCAGUCAAUCCACAACAUUAACAAAUUCAUGGAAGAGUGUCCAGGAGAAAAGACAGAGUUUCACAUGGAGGAGCUGAGGAGGAUUACCAACGCUGGAACCAAGACCCCUGUGUACCUCCUCUGUCUAACCGAGCUCAAGAGACUGACACAAGUGGGAGGAUCCAGGAACACCUCUGUGUACAAGCUGAGCACACACAACUGAAGCAUGCUUGGAUACAUUACACUUUGUCCGAGUCUAAAUGUAGUCUGAUCUAGACUCAAACACCUGAUUGUACAUCCUUCUGCGAGUUAAUGAUCUGUGGCUGCCUCUUGUGCCUACUUCAACAGACACUGCAAAGAAAGAACACUUCACAAGAGCAAUUCUGGCUAAUUAACUCUACCAGAGAAAGCGGUCUUGGUAACUUUUGUAGUUUGAUUGUAAAUAGUUCUGAUGCAUGACGUGUUAAUAAUUUGCACAUAGCUUUAGACUGACUUAUAUAUAAUAAAACACAUUG